AUGGGCUCAGGGUACUACGCGUCAGCUUAUCAGCCAUACAUGCGCACAGGCGCCAGCAACAUGGGUGGUAGCGGCAGCAGUGUCAGCGGUACACACUCAUACUAUUACUCCCAAGCACCUACCCGGUAUAUUCCUUAUGGCGCAUACCCGCCCAUCCGGCACUUUGUAUCUCCCGCGCGACCGUUCAAAUGUGAGACCUGCGAGCAAUCGUUUUCGCGAAACCAUGAUCUCAAGCGACACGUCAAGAUACACUCAGGCGUUAAGCCGCACAAAUGCCACAAAUGCGGGAAAAGCUUUGGACGCUCUGAUGCGCUGAAGCGGCAUUCCAUGGUUAAGCGUUGCCGCUCGACUAAUGGCAAUUCUGCAGCAAAGUCGACGCCCACUCCGGCGUCUGGCUCGGGAUCUAUGGGUAUGAGCGCGGGUAUGACAAUGAGCAUGUCGUCGCAGCGCCAACACCAGCAGCAGCAUCAUCAGCAACACCAGGAGCAGCAGAGCGGCGGCGGCGGCGGCGGUGGCGGCGUGAUGACUUCCAUAUCUAAUGGCUCUCGCCUGGCACCGGUAGGCACAAUUUUUGGCCAGUCUGGCACACAAUCUAUUAAUUCCUCCAACAGCUCGAUUGUCUCCAGCAUGCUGUCGUCAAGGGCCAAUGUUAUCUAAACCAUUUCUCGCAUUAGGAUGCCUUUGGUCGGAUUGGAUAUAUACAUAAGAAGGCGCCAAAAAUGAGGGAUAAAUUAUUUAUUUGACAACAAUUACCAGCCGUUUAUUUUAUUUCAUUUUCCAAAAUGGUUGUUUUCUCAUAUUUUUAUUUCCUGAAGUUGAUAUACAAAUUUUAUUGUUACUAUUUUACUUUCUUUCAAUUGCAUUUACAUUUUCAGCCAAGAAAUUUCAUAUUGUUAUAGUAAGAGGGGGGUGUGAGGAGCACUAGUUGUCUAGUGUUAAAAGUUAGGGGUGAUUUUAUAAAAGGUUUUAUUACUGAU